UCUCAAUUCAAGUGUCCUUGCUGUUGACUCCGUCAGCUUCACGCAGCGACUGGUGGGGCAUGUCAAGGCUGCUCUUGUGCGCACUUAAGUCAAGCAGAGAAAGAGAAGUCAGGAAGACGUUAGACGAAGUUAAGAAGAAAAAGACUCAACGCUGUAAAAGUGCCGCGUUACAUGAAGCCAGAUGACUCUGCCGUUGGUUGAGAAGCAGGCUAAAGUGAAUGUGUUGGCCAAGGCUUUGUAUGACAAUGUUGCUGAGUCUCCAGAUGAACUGUCCUUUCGUAAGGGGGACAUCCUGACCGUGUUGGAACGCAACACACAAGGACUCGAUGGCUGGUGGCUCUGUUCACUUCACGGUCGCCAAGGCAUUGUUCCCGGCAACCGUCUUAAGAUCCUUGUUGGCAUGCACGAUGGAAAAGAACCCGGCAUAAUCGAUCCAGCAUCAUCCUGUCCCACCUCCCAACUGCAGCGAUUGCUUCACCCCAAACCUGCACUUGCUCAGUACACACCAAUGCCCUCAAUUUACUCCACCCCCAGUCCUGCAAAGCCCAAACCUGAUCCUGUCUACAUGAUUCCCCCUAAGCACGGCCCCAAACCAAGCGCCCACAUUUUGUACCAGGCUUCCUCUGAUCCAAGUGGACCUCCUCUAAAGGUCAAGCUAGAAUCCUCCAUUAAGACAGUUGGUCCAGGGACUGGCAAUGAUUUGUACCAGGUGCCCCCCACUCUGGAGAAGAGGACCUGGGAGGACAGAAAGCCACUUGAUAAGGUGGUUGUUUCCACUCAAGCCUGUGACACAGUAAACCCAUACAAGGAUAAGUAUGAUCUUCCACCCAGGCACCAAAUGCCAUCCCGGCAGGAUAUAUAUGACGUCCCUCCGAUCCGUGACCAGUACAACACACAGGUUUAUGAUUUCCCACCCACAGUCAGUAAAGAUGUUCCUGACACUCAUCUCAUGAAGGAGGAAACCUAUGACGUGCCAUCCCACUUGAGCAGAACACAAACCCAAGCCUUCACUCCAGAAUAUGGCCAGAAUAUGGCCAGUCGUCCCAAUAAUGACAUCCAAGACAAUCCAGUCCCCGAGGAUGUAUACGACGUCCCACCCCCACUGCUGAGCAACAGACAUUUACAUGGAGACGGUAGUAAAGUCAGCCGGUCGGCCGAGGAGAUCUACGACAUUCCAGCUAGCCUGCGCACUGGAGGACACUCCACCCAGGGUGUUUAUGACAUCCCAAGAGAGCAAGAGGAGAAGGGCAUACAGAGGGAUGACGCGUAUAUCUACGAUGUCCCGCCACAGGUCAUCCGUGAUGGCCAGGUCACCAGUGAGGAGCUCCACAUGGCAUUCAAGCGACUUUCUGCCUCAAGCACCGGGAGCACACUGAGCAACCAGUCUGCUUCAUCCUUAGACAUGCAUGGUGACACUGAGCCAUCACCCCUUUGCUUCUUUGCUGCGAAACCCCUUCUGUUGGACCUGGAGAAGGCCAUGGAGCGCCUUUCCCGCCUUCAACAAGCUGUGGACUUGAGCGUUUCCAUGAUGAUGUCAAUAAUCACAGGCAACUGGCGAAGCCCUGACAAGCUGGAGGGGAAUAUUCCAGCCCUUCACCAGGCUGCGAAUGGAGUGUGUGCAACUCUGCGAGACUUUCUAGAAUUUUCCCACGGCGCUGUGGCAAACGCUGGCCAGGCCACAGACCGCUCCUUGCAGAACAAACUGGCCCAACAGGUGGGCAAUUUGGAGGAGGUUUUUCAGAGUGUAAUUGCGCAGACUCAGAGUUUAGAUGCCGUUUCUUGGACUGAGCUCACCAAACCACAACCAGGCGGAGAUGUCUUAGAUCAGCUCAUCAUAACGGCACGUGGGAUCCCAGAAGACACCAAACAGCUCACUUCCUUUCUCCAUGGCAAUGCUUCUUUGCUCUUCAAACAGAGCCACCAGUCACAGCUGCCUCCACUGCCAGGACAGACAAGCUGUCAUGUGACAGGAAGUGGGAGCCAUCAAAUGGGAGAGAAGAUGAACAUUCAGUCACGGCCAUUACCCGCCCCACCAAAGUUUGCAGCUGCAGAGGAAGACAGCGUUGUAGACAAUUCCUAUGAGACCACAGAAGGAUGGAUGGAGGAUUAUGACUACGUUCACCUACAGAUGAAACAGUCUGAGCGACAGGAAGUGGGUCAACCAAUCAACAAAGACUUGACUGGAUGGGUUCAUCUUCCUCAAAAUAACUCCUCUUCCAGGCUAUGCCGUGCUGACCGCCAACUCCUCCUCUUCUACCUGGAGCAGUCUGAGCAAAACUUCACCAGCGUUAACGACGCUAUCGUUGCCUUCUCUACUGCUGUCAACUCUAAUCAGCUGCCCAAGAUCUUUGUGGCGCACAGCAAGUUUGUUAUCAUUGGCACACACAAGCUGGUUUUCAUUGGCGACACGCUAUCCCGUCAGGCCAAGUCACCUCAGGUUAGAGCCCAGAUCGGUCAGACUAGCAGCACCCUUUGUAGUAAACUCAAAGAUUUUGUAAUCAGUACAAAGACAGCAUCACUCCAGUAUCCCUCUCCAGGAGCAUCCCGGGAGAUGAGUGAAAGGGUGAUGGAGCUGGCAGGAUGUACUCAGCAAUUCAAAAUGGUUCUGGGACAGCUGUUAAUGGUAUAAGUGGCCAGGAGGGACCGGUGAUUGACAGAACAGAGAUGCCUAAAGAACAUGACUGUGGUAACCAGCCAGAAUUAUAUCUUCUUUUAUUAGAAUUACAUCAGAAUUACAAACCAUGAGGAACACCUGGUCUGGACAGGGCCAUUGUUAUUUUCUAUAUAAUCCAUACCAUAAGUGAUGGUAGUGAACUGUGGAUCACAGGUGCCCUGGUAUACUAUCUAUACUAUUGUCUAUACUAUGUAUACUCUCUGGCAUUGUCAAUGCCAGAAAUUGAUCUUGCCCCUGUCUGUAUCCUCACCGUUCCCUGGGACCAUCAAUUUGUCUUAAUUGUAGAUGUACAAAAUCAACACAGCACCUGUAUCUUCAGUGGGCUGUGAUUUAAACAAAUGCUUUAAACAAAUCCUUGUAGAUGCUUCAGCAUGUGAGAAUCUCCAAAAACAACAUAAAUGUGAUAUAUGAUUGUUGUUGUUACUUGGACAUAUUUCUGAGUGAACAAUGCACUGGAAUCAGAAAGGUUUUCUCUCUCCAAGGUUUUAAUUUUUUAUGUAAUACUGCUUUUCAUGAAUGUCUAUACAGUAUGUUCUUGAAAUAUGAGAAAUGUUUUAUGUAAAGUUGGCAUAGCCAUACUUAUCUGCUCGUUUUUGUGAUGCUAUAUGAGAGUGAGCUAAUAUAUAAUCAUAUUGGAAUAUUUGUCGGCCAGUCCAGGGUGUACCCCGCCUCUCGGCAAAAGCCAGCUAGGAUAGGCUCCAGCACAACAUGUUUGUACAGUUAAUGUGAAUGUGUGUAAUUCAGACUGGACACAUUUAAACAGAUGUUCUUUUUUAUUGUAUACUUAAGGUUAUGUAGUAGCAGUCAAUAUUUGCCCACGCUUUGGCAAAAAGUGGUUCAAAUCGGUCAGAUGGCUUCUGGUCCAGGUUCUUGCGUGGUCAAUCCAAAUCAUUGGCUUUAUUUCGGUGAAGUCAUUCUUUUGUUCAUUUGGAUUGUAUGCAGUAGCGUUAUUGUUCCCAAUAUUUCAGACUCUUCAUAAUUACUUAGGCUUUUGCUCAAAUCUCCGUAGGUAUGAUGUGCAUAUUAAGGGUGUCUGUGUUUGGAUACCUCCCAGUGCUCACAUAAAUGUCAUUUUCAUCAUUUAAUCAAAAACCAGAAGCAAUUCUAGUCUUUAAAAAAAUCAACCUUUAUUGAUUCAUUAGAAAAAUGUCCCAGCAUGCCACGAAUUGUAUGAAUAACAAGUGGAUACGCAAGUUAAUCACGUACCUUCUGCCACCUAGUGGAGAAGAUUGAAUUGCUCUGCCUGUCAUUAUACGUCCCUGGCAUAAAUAGAUGAACCGACACAUUGUUUAUAGCAGUUUAUUCUCAUGAAGUAUGGAUAGUAAUUAAUAAUGAAAAAAAAGAGCACGUGCCAUUUCUACAUCUUUUAGGGUAACUUACAGGAUUUUGUGCUGCAACUUCCCCAAUAGCGCUAAAAUGGAACCAAGCCAUUCACGUGAAGUUACCACUGCCCAGAGGAGCGGUAACGCCAUGCUGGAGGCGACUACCACAACAGCACGUGUUAAUAGAGAAACUAGUUGUGGUAAUUCAAGCACAAAUCACAUAUUACUCUACCUUUAGACUGUGCAACAUUUUCAUAAUAAAUAAUACCGCACAACACCAGUGAUCAGGAUCUGCACAUUUAUUCAAUGAACAAGUGGCAAGUAGGGUACAAUUGGCACACAAACGCACCGCAGCAGAAGGUUCUGUGUUAUAUUUAGAUAACAGAUCCACACUUCACAACAGUAGGUAUUACGAUUUUGCCGAAAGUGGAAAACAAAUGUGUGAUAUACGAUGUCUGAUAUACUGUAGAUAUGCUUUGACGUUACACCAUCUGACUUUUCAUAUACAAAGCAUAAUAUCAAAGCAAAAUCAGGAUGAGAAAGUGUGUCCGAACUCUUGCCUGCUCGUGUAUACACUGUAUGUGUGUGUAUGUAUGUAUAUACCAUAAACUGUAUAUACAGUAUAUAUAUAUACAGAGUAUAUGUAUGUGUGUGUACAUAUACAUACAAAUAAAUAAUUCCACACCAGUGUGUAGCUUAA